AUGUCAGAACUGUUUGAGCUGUACAUGUCAGAACGUGAAACCUCCUGGAGAAUGAAUCAAAGUAAUCUGAUGGUGCAAGAAUUCAUUGUGGUUGGUUUCCCUGGAAUUCAGGACAGAUCCAACAAAAAUAUUCUUUUUGGUGUCCUGCUGGUGGUGUACCUUUGUAUUAUUCUUGGUAAUCUUCUAAUAACGAUUGCUUUUCUGACUGACCACACCAUGCACACCCCCAUGUACACACUGAUUUUUAGCCUUGCUUUGUUAGAUAUGAUGAGCUCCACCACCACGGUUCCAAAAUUCCUGGAUGUUCUAGGCUCAGACUCUGGUGUGAUUUCCAUCACCGCUUGUUUCAUUCAGAUGUUCCUGUAUGGAAUUCUGAAAACGACCGAGGCCUUUCUCCUGGGGCUUAUGGCUUAUGACCGAUACCUCGCCAUCUGCAAGCCUCUACACUAUUUCAUUAUUACAAACAACAACCUGAUUUUAAAACUAAUCAUUGGCUGUUGGGCCAUUGCCUUCAUCCUUGUUGUCCCUCGAAUGACAGUCACUGUCAGACUGCCAUUCUGUGGUAAAAACAAACUAGUCCAUUUUUUUUGUGACCAUUCCUCAGUGAUAUAUUUAGCUUGUGGUUCCAAUAUUAUCGGCAACUAUGCUGGCAUCAGUGCAGGUGUCAGUAUCGUACUGGGCCCCUUGUUGUUUAUUGUUUAUUCCUAUGUAAGGAUUCUCAUGUCAGUUUUCAAAAUUGAGAGCUCACACGGGCGACUAAAAGCCCUCUCCACCUGCAGCUCACACCUGAUGGUCAUUUGUGUCUCCUACUUGGUCGGUGGAAGUGCUUACAUUGCAAGUUCAUUUUCUAGAAGCUCUGCAGACGUGGACAUCAUGGGAGCACUAAUUCAGAAUGUGAUGCCACCCUUAAUUAACCCAAUAAUCUACUGCCUGAAGACAAAGGAGAUGCAGGCCCGUAUUGUUAAACUGAUAAAAAUGAAAAACACGUUUAAUUGA